CUUAAGUGUUUCCGUGCUUAUUUCAGUUUCAUUGUAAAAGAAAGGGGUUCCUGUUUUUUUUUUUUUGCUAAAAUUAAUGAUAAAUAUAAUUGAGAAGUUGGCAUUAUGUCAGGCACCAACCAGCACUCACAACUGUGCUCAAUCCUGUUGAGAGAGGCGUAUGGAGAUCACGCUGUAAAAGUUGCCAUGUGCUUAUUUCGAUUUGGAGACCUCACUUUUUCGCAGUUAGCGUCUCAUUCGAAAUUGAAGCAGUCCAAGCUGCAAACUGUCCUCAAGGGUCUGAUUAAUUUUGGCCUAGUUAAAUUUGAGAUGGGAGUUGACGCCAAGUCUGGAACACAGUCAAACACUCCAAUAUAUAGUCUCUGCAAGGACAGAGUCCUUUUCUUGCACAGAUACAUACGGGGAGUACCAGUGUUCAUAUGGAAGUUUGGAACUGAGGGGGAAAUCGUCCUGGACUCCCUCAUGAAAUGUGGACACGAAUGUGCUUCUGGUAUAAUUUUCCAAGCGACAGUGCGAAUUUUGAAGACUGAGUCUGACCAGAACGUGGCCAGUGUCCUAGAACAGAUUAAGGGUAAAUUGACAGAGCUCAUACAGUUUGGACUCAUCGAAAGGGCUCCUUCAAAACAACCUGAAAACCAAGAAAAGUUGAGCGACUUUUCUACGCCUGGAAAAAAUUACUCGCUCAAAGGGGUUGAUCUACCAAUGAUGGUUGAGAGAAUUUCCAAUGGUAUAUUAACUCUUGAGGAUGCAGAAGACCAAGCCAUUCUGUGGCAAGUUAGUCGGAAUAGGGUGACUCAGCUGCUCAGGGACGAGAUGUUUGCUGAAGCUCUCACUGGUAGAGUUGACUGUCACGCUGGAAAUUUGGUGCGCGUUCUUCUGCAAUUGAUGGCAGAUACAGGGCCUGCAAUGAGUGAUGUAUCAAACAUCUUACACAAGCCCUUCAUUAUAUCGGCAGUCAAGAAUAGCUACUCCGGCUCCCCUCUGGAAGCUCACCUCUCUGAAUAUCUCCAAAUUUUGUCUCAAGACUCGAGCUCAUUAGUAAAAAAUUUAGGAGAUGCUUCUGGUGGCGAGUACCAAAUAACUUUGAAGUCUGCAAUACUUGAGCUGACAUGGUCUGCUUUGGAGAAAAUAACUCAAGAGCAGUUUGGCACGAAAGGUGCAAGAAUAUUUCGGGUUGUACGAAGACAUCAGUUCAUCCUUGUAGAUGAUAUCCAGAAUCAUGCGAUGCUGCCUCCAAAGGAAGCCAAACAAAUUUUGUACACGCUAGUAGGGCAGAAUUUUGUGCACUUCAGAGAAAUGAAAUUAGGAACAGGAUCAGAAGCAGGAAAAACUUCAACGUCCUACUACUUCUUUAUAAAUCUGAACCAAUUGGUGCGAAUGUGUUUAGAAAAAUGCUACCUCGCUCAAUUUUCCGCAUCAGUACGACAAAAUGACAUCGUCAGUAAAUACAGUCACACCAUCCAGAAGGAAAGCAGACUAACAAGCCUGUACGUGACUUUGAAAGAUCAAGGCGCCCCACAGGAGCAGCUAGAAGAUAUAGCUGGGAUGCUGACCCUCACUGAGAGGGAAGAUUUACAGAAGAUUGGAACUUGGCGCGCCCAGCUAAACUUCUCUGAAUACGAUAUUGACAAUUCGAUUCUUCUGUUUGAAUUAUAUAUUCAAAUGUUCAAGGGGAAAAUAUAAGGGAGGUGCUGUGUUGUACAUCAAAUUUUCCUAGGUCAUAAUUUAAGUGAAAAAAAUUCUAUUUCGAGACUGAUUAUACAUGCUUGUGUCAUUUCUUGCUAAAAGUUAAAUCAUUAAAAAUUUAAAUAAAAAAUUGCACAACA